AUGGCCUCCAUGGUCGCCAACGGAAACCGAGAGGGGGCGUCGUCGGCGCUCCUCCAGGGGGCGGAUCCGGAGACCUGCAUGAUUGUGUUCAAGAACCACUGGGCUCAGGUGGUGAAGAUCCUGGAGAAACACGACCCGUUACGCGGCGGUCCCCGGCCGGGGCCCGUCCCGGGCGACGAGGCCAGCGCGGUGCAGAACUACGUGGAGCACAUGCUCUUGCUGCUGAUGGAGGAAGAACGCGGCAAGGCGGGCGCAAUGGGCCCCAUCCUGGAGUUCGUGGUGCUGGAGAACGUGAUGGAGCGCCUGUUCGUGUGGAGCCUGCGCCGCGAGUUCACCGACGCCAUGAAGCUGGAGCAGCUGAAGAUGUACGAGAUGCUGCUGUGCCAGUCGCGCCAGCCGCUGCUGCACCACAAGCCGGUGCUGCGGCCGCUCGUCAUGCUCCUGUCGGCCUGCUCCGGCUCGGCGUCGGCGCCCGGCGUGGAGGCGCAGCUGGUGCUGCUCCUGCACCAGCUGUGCUGCGUCCUGGCCAAGGACCCGUCCGUGCUGGAGCUCUUCUUCCACACCAGCGAGGACCAAGGAGCCGCCAACUUCCUCAUCUUCUCGUUGCUCAUCCCCUUCAUCCACCGCGAGGGCGCCGUGGGGCAGCAGGCCAGGGACGCGCUGCUGCUCAUCAUGUCCCUGUCGGCCGAAAACCCGCGGGUGGCGCGACACGUGGCCGAGAACACCUUCUUCUGUCCGGUUCUGGCCACCGGCCUGAGCGGUCUAUAUUCCUCCCUGCCCACCAAGUUGGACCCCCCCAACGAAGAGUGGCACUGCCUGCACCGAGACGACUGGCUCCGGGUGCCUUCUUUGGUGCAGUUCCUCAACUCUCUGGAAUUCUGCAACGCUGUCAUUCAGGUGGCCCACCCCGAUAUCCGAGACCAGCUGUUGGGGUACAUCUACAACGGCUUCCUCGUGCCUGUACUCGCGCCCGCUCUCCAUAAGCUUACACUGGAGGAGGUGAUGACCACCACGGCGUACCUGGACCUGUUCCUGAGAAGCAUCAGCGAGCCGGCCCUAUUGCAGACCUUCCUGUCCUUCAUCUUGCUUCACCGCCAUGAGAACGUCCAUAUUUUAGACACAUUGGUCAGCAGGAUCAACACGCCUUUCCAGCUGGGCGUGGUGUCACUGGCACUUUUCCGAACUCUCAUCGGUUUGCACUGCGAAGACGUCAUGCUGCAGCUCAUCCUCAGGUACCUGAUUCCUUGCAAUCACAUGAUGCUGAGUCAGCGCCGGGUGGUCAGGGAGCGCGACUUCUAUUCGGCUUCCGCGGCCAAAAUCCUGGCCUUGACGCCGUCGUGCUGCUCGCCCGACCGUAGCCCGCCGCCGCUGCGACAGCUCGAGUCUAUACUUUUCUCCAAAGCCGAGAAAGCCGACGCGUCCGUCAAAGGAGACCCGGCGGCGAACUCCUCGUGCACCAUCGGCUCCGAGAUCUACUUGGACGUCAGCUACCUCCAUUACCUGGACGACGCCCACGCGCGAAUCGGCGUCUCCAUGCGGGCGUGCCGGGUGUGGUCGGCCGCGUACGACGGCGAGGACCCUCCGCCGGAGAAAUACCAAGCGGGCGUACUAGAAGAGCCUACGCCCUUGAAGAGAGUCCAGCGGGGGACGACGGCGCGGCAUCCCAGUGCGGCGCCCAACCAGCUGGAACUAGAGUGGGACGACAGUUACGACGCGUGCCCGCCACGUACCGCCGAGCCUGAAAUCCUGCCGCCGCCGUCCUCCGAGCCCCCCAGACACAUCGAGGAGAUGAGAAAAUCGGCCAUUUUGUUGGUGAAAGGCUCCUACGUCGAGGAGAACGAAUUCCAGGACGAUGUCAUGGUCUACGAUUUGGUGGCCAAGAAAGACAGCGUAACCGGCGAAAACCCCGACCCGCCGAAGAACGGACCCACGAAAAGCGCCCCGGAGCCCGACGAGAACUUGCUGGCGCAGUACGAGGAGCUGAUCCAAACGAUGGACGGCGAAGCGGAAAAAUGUAACGCGGAAGCCAAGGACGACAACGUGGCGGAAGACGACAUCAUGGACUUUUCCGUGGAGACGCCAGAGCCGGAAAAGCUUCCGUCGCCGUUCGGAGCGACUUUCCGGAGCGCCGCUAGGAGUCAGUCGGCGCCUUUCACAGGCCCGUUUGUCAGCGUCCUGUUGUCCCGCCUGGAGAACAUGCUGUCCAACCCGCUGCAUGUGAACUUGCUCCUGACGGGCAUUCUGGCGCAACUGGCCGCUUACCCGCAGCCGCUCCUGCGCUCGUUCCUUCUCAACACCAACUUGGUGUUCCAGCCCACCGUUCGCUCGCUCUACCAGGUUCUGGCUACAGUGAAAAACCAAAUCGAGCAGCUAGCCACUAGCAGCAAAGACUUUCCUGAGCUGAUUGUCGCCGCGCAACACUGGUUGCUAACCAGAGACACGCUAUACGGCGAAGCAGGUGACAUACAAACCCUGUCCUCCUCAGACAAAAGCAAUCGAAUACGAAGCGGCGGAAUCCUGCAGAGCUCCCCGCCGCCCCGUCCUAAAUCCAUCUCGGCCGAGCGCACCGACGUCUUCGGCACCGUCCUCUUCGGCGAAUUCCUCAAAGAACUCGCCGCCUUGGCUCAAGAGCACUCCAUUUUAUCGUACAUUCCCAUGGAAGAGUGA